CUCUUACCGCCUCCCGCGCCGCCAAACCCAGCGAAAUACCGAAGCACGGCAGCGGCCACCGGGCAGUCUACCCGAAGGAAAGGAACUCCUCCCUCCUCCUCGCCGUCGUCUUCGUCAUUUUCCUCCUACGAACCUGGGAUAGGAGCGAGUUUUGUUCUGGAAGAUGUUUGAACUGCUGUGAUGUGAGAAAUCAAGCCUCAGCUAGGCUCUUCUUCUUCUUCAGCGCGCAGAAGAUCGAUCGCAGCCAGGCUCGCUCGCUCUCUCCCCCGCUAGCUGCUCUGAUUUUUCCAUUCUUCGCCUUGCCUUGCAUAUGCUCGAUUAAAUGCCCACCCGGUGCCUUGUCACCUUGACAUGCAGUGAUGCCAUGACUUUCCUUCUGAGAAUUUAAUGCGCAUAAUGAUAUUCCACUGUCAUUAUGCUCUUCAAUUUGCCAAAGGCAGCAAAACCAAUCGGAGUACGGUUCCUCUCAGUUGCAAAUGCAGAAUGCUUUGGUUUAGAUGUCUCCCCUAUGCAUUUUGCAUCCCUGUUAAAAGAAUGCAGGUCUGUGAACACAGUUCGUCAAAUUCACCAGAAGAUAAUUGCUUCUGGUCUUCUUUCUCGUCCAGCAUCAUUGCUAUCAGUGUCCCUUCCACCAUUGCCAUCUCAACCACAUGUAUCACCAAAAUCUUUGGGUACUGGUGUUGUAGCUUCCUAUCUUGCUUGUGGUGCUACAAGCGAUGCUCUCACAGUGUUGGAACAUGUGGCACCAUCAACAGUUGUAUGGUGGAAUCUACUCAUACGAGAACACAUCAAGGAAGGCCGCCUUGACCGUGCAAUUGGCAUAUCUUGCCGCAUGAUUCGUGCUGGAACUAGGCCAGACCAUUUUACUCUCCCAUAUACACUAAAAGCAUGUGGAGAGCUACCUUCAUACCGUUGUGGUAGCACAUUCCAUGGACUGAUAUGUUGCAAUGGAUUUGAGUCAAAUGUCUUUGUAUGCAAUGCAUUGGUGGCGAUGUAUUCCCGCUGUGGUUAUUUGAAGGAAGCCACUCUGGUGUUUGAUGAAAUAACCCAGAAGGGAAUUGAUGAUGUUAUCUCAUGGAAUUCAAUUGUUGCUGCCCAUGUUAAAGGAAGUAAUCCGUGGACUGCGUUAGACCUGUUUUCAAAGAUGACAACGAUUGUCCAUGAAAAGGCUACAAAUGAAAGGUCAGACAUCAUUAGCAUUGUCAACAUCCUUCCUGCAUGUGCUUCUCUGAAUGCAUUGCCUCAAACUAAAGAAAUUCACGGCUAUGCCAUUCGGAAUGGUACAUUUCCAGAUUCUUUUGUAUGUAAUGCCCUGAUUGAUACCUAUGCAAAAUGUGGGUCAAUGGAGGAUGCAGUGAAGGUUUUCAACAUGAUGGAAUUCAGAGAUGCAGUUUCUUGGAAUGCAAUGGUGACUGGGUACUCCCAAAGUGGGAACUUUGAGGCAGCCUUCGAGCUUUUCAACAAUAUGCGCAAGGAAAGUAUUCCAUUGGAUGUCAUAACAUGGAGUGCUGUAAUUUCUGGGUAUGCUCAGAGGGGAUGCGGCCAAGAGGCACUUGACACUUUCCGGCAAAUGCUUCUUUAUGGAUCAGAGCCAAAUUCUGUCACAAUCAUCUCUCUGUUGUCUGCUUGUGCUUCCUUGGGAGCAUUGCCUCAGGGUAUGGAAACUCAUGCCUACUCUUUGAAGAAAUGCCUUUUAUACUUGGAUAAUGAUUUUGGUGGUGAUAGCCAUAGUGAGGAUCUGAUGGUUCACAAUGCAUUAAUAGAUAUGUACUCGAAGUGCCGAAGCUUCAAAUCUGCACAUUCCAUGUUUGAUUCCAUACCUCGAAGGGAACGUAAUGUGGUGACUUGGACUGUCAUGAUCGGUGGGUAUGCGCAAUUUGGGAACUCAAAUGAUGCCCUCAAGCUUUUCUCGGAGAUGAUUUCAAUACCAUAUGCAGUUGCCCCAAAUGCUUAUACAAUUUCCUGCAUUUUGAUGGCCUGUGCACAUUUGGCAGCCCUUCGUAUGGGUAAGCAGAUUCAUGCUUAUGUCAUUCGUCACCAUCAAUAUGAAACAUCUGUGUACUUCGUGGCGAACUGUCUUAUUGAUAUGUACUCAAAGUGUGGUGAUGUCGAUACAGCUAGGAAUGUGUUUGAUAGCAUGCCCAAAAGGAAUGAUGUAUCUUGGACUUCUAUGAUGUCAGGAUAUGGAAUGCAUGGUCGUGGUAAUGAGGCUCUGGACAUAUUUGACAAGAUGCAAAAGGCAGGCUUUGUUCCUGACGAUAUAUCCUUCCUGGUUCUUCUUUAUGCUUGUAGCCAUUCUGGCAUGGUUGAUCAGGGUCUGGAUUACUUUGAAAUUAUGAGUAGAGAUUAUGGUGUAGCUGCCAGUGCAGAGCAUUAUGCGUGUGUUAUUGACUUGCAGGCUCGCUCUGGGCUAUUCGAUAAGGCAUGGAGAACAGUUGAGGAAAUGCCAAUGGAGCCUACUGCAGUAAUCUGGGUCGCAUUACUUAGUGCCUGCAGAGUACAUUCAAAUGUGGAACUUGCUGAAUAUGCUCUGAACAAAUUGGUCAAGAUGAAAGCAGAGAAUGAUGGAUCCUACACGCUUAUCUCCAACAUAUAUGCUAAUGCAAGGCGGUGGAAGGAUGUAGCAAGAAUCAGACAACUGAUGAAGAAUUCAGGGAUUAAGAAGAGGCCCGGAUGCAGCUGGGUCCAGGGUAAGAAAGGCACUGCAUCUUUCUUUGUUGGAGAUCGAUCGCACCCUCGAUCUCCAGAGAUUUAUGCUCUUUUAGAGAGACUAAUUGACCGCAUCAAGGCUGUGGGCUAUGUCCCUGAGACAAACUUUGCAUUGCACGAUGUUGAUGAUGAGGAGAAAAAUAACCUUCUUGCUGAACACAGUGAGAAGCUUGCUCUCGCAUAUGGCCUUCUCACGACUUCCCCUGGUUGUCCCAUAAGGAUCACAAAGAACCUGCGUAUUUGCGGUGAUUGUCACAGUGCAUUCACCUACAUCUCAAAGAUUGUUGACCAUGAGAUCAUACUGCGAGACUCCAGUCGCUUCCAUCAUUUCAAGAAUGGCUCUUGCUCCUGCGGUGGCUAUUGGUGAUGUCCCGUCUUGUGAAGACAAAGCAGCAGGGCCAGAAGCAUACCCAAACAGUGUACUCAAAAAACUAAUGUGCACAUGAUUCUGCUCUAUUGAUUCACCACUCACAAAUGAGCUUGCAGUAAUAGAAUUCUGGUCGUAGUGCUUCCGUGAGAUGUCACCUGCACCGCACUGUUGUUUUGCUUUUCUUCAUGUCUUUUGCUGAUGAUUUGUUUCAAGCUGUGAUUAUGGAUGACCUGCACAUGUCUGGUCUUAAGGACACCGCAUGCUGAUCUAUUCAUCCUCGGUUGGGGCCCCAGGGGCAGCCUCUUGUUCUCGACGCGGCAGGUGGAACCUAGAAGCCCAAAGCCAGUUCCCGCUAGCGAUAUGUCCGACGAGCGUUGCGUUGCGUGUAAAAAAGUCGGCCCUCCUCUCAGAAAAAAAGCUGGCCCUCCUCUCAAGAAAAAAAAUGGCCCUGGGUGGUGACGGUGCUCCUGACGUGGUGGAAGGGCAUGGCGGCGAAGGAGGAGGACACGAAGUCGGCGAGUGCACCAAAUUGAGAAUGAAAAGUGUGUCAGCCGAGGAGAGGCCCCGCCCAUGGUGGCCAUCAAAGACAGGACCUGGCAGUCCCCAAACAUCAUUUGUUUUCCUUCCUCGAUCAGUGGAUUAACCCAUAAAGAAAGAAAUAAAGAAUUCCUCCGCUUGCACUCGUCGCGGAUCAGAGCAGUGUGUCCCUAAUAGUAGGAAGAAAUUAAAAUCGAAGCAUGGAAGGGAGAGGAUUUAGCAAGGUGAGCAGGAAAGGGAAAGAUUUGGUGGAGGGAGAACAGCGCAAAAUGGUCCAUUCACGUGGCUGUAAAGGGAGAAACAUGUGAAAAGGAAUUAAAAACCAUGGAACGGCAAAUCAGCAACUUAAAAUUCCACUUUGGUGGCAAUCUGUUGAAGCGAAACAAAAGCGUGGCAAAUCUUCGAAAGACAGUUAAAUUAGUGGCAUAUAUGCAAAUUUCCGCUUCUAGUUUGUUGCUAAAAGUUACGUACAGGCAACAACAUGGAUUUCAUUUAGGCCAAAAACACAUGAUACUCUAUCUGUUUCGCUAUCUCUUAUUAAUACAAUUGGAAAACAGUAUGCUGGGAA